AUGUCACCAUAUCGACUGGUUUUCGGGAAGGCAUGUCACUUACCUCUUGAGAUAGAACACCACGCUUAUUGGGUAAUGAAGAAAUUGAAUUUGGACUUGAAGGCUGCGAGUGAAAAACGUCUACUACAACUUAAUGAGUUGGAUGAGCUCAGAAUAGAGGCCUAUGAUAAUUCAAGACUCUACAAAGAAUGCACCAAGAAGUGGCAUGAUAUGCAUAUUCAGAGGCGUGAAUUUAUAGUGGGGCAAAAAGUGUUACUCUACAACUAUAGGCUUAAGCUAUUGCCAGGAAAGCUGCGAUCGAGAUGGCCUGGACCCUAUACUAUUACACAGGUAUUUCCUCAUGGAACAGUUGAGAUCACUCAUGAUAGUAAGGGGACAUUUAAGGUUAAUGGACAGCGUUUAAAGCACUAUUGGAGCGGUGAUUUCUCAAAGGAAAAGUCUACCGUUCAUCUUAGACCACCAGAAUGA